AUGGGCCAGCACAUCCAAAGAUUUUCUGGGGCAACCCAACCGGUUUAUUCACAAAUAUAUUACCAAAAACUUCCAUUUCAUUUUAUUCUUUUUUUGUCUGUUGAAGGGCUAUUGAGUGGCCAGACUUCCCCAACAAAUACCAAAUUGGAGAAACUGGAUUCUCAGCAGGUGUUGCAGCUGUGCCUCCGAUAUCAGGAUCACCUGCACCAGUGUGCAGAAGCUGUUGCUUUUGAUCAGAAUGCUUUGGUUAAACGAAUCAAAGAGAUGGAUCUGUCUGUAGAAACCCUCUUUAGCUUCAUGCAGGAACGCCAGAAAAGAUAUGCGAAAUACGCCGAGCAGAUCCAGAAAGUCAACGAAAUGUCUGCCAUCCUCCGCCGYAUACAGAUGGGCAUCGACCAGACGGUGCCGCUGAUGGAAAGGCUCAACAGCAUGCUGCCCGAGAGCGAGCGGCUAGAGCCCUUCAGCAUGAAGCCAGAGCGAGAGCUCAAGCUAUAGCACUGCUGGUUCCCGCCAGCUAGGCUGCUUUUAGGAUCCAGAGAAGCCAGUAACCCAGAGGACAUUUGGAGCCCAAGUCCUAUGGUAUGACCAAGGCCUGAAGMUGGUACAAGGUCUGGGUCCUCACUGCAGUGGACACUGCAUGGACUGCCACUGCCAGCAUGGACUGUCUUUGCCCUUCUCCUUCCCUUGAUGCGAAUGCCCUGUGUGAAGCGAACAGAACUGAUCCUUGGUGAUAACUGAAGUUGGAACAUUACUAGAAAUUGUUUUAAAUGCUGCAUGGAGAGUUAUUUUUUUUAAUUGACAGUAUAUAUAUUCUAGAGUAGCUACUGGAGUGGAAACAUAGAAAAAAGGGAGAAAAAUUUUUUACGAAGCUAUGUGUCUUCAAUGCCCUUGUGAAAUUUUACUCAGGCUCUGGGUUAUGGG